UCUAGUCUCUAUUUUCAUUUUCCUUGUUAUACUGUACAACAUAUAGAAAAGCAUUUCCGACCAAAAGAUAUAUCCAAUAAUCCCACUCACUGGUAAAUAGAGCAAUACUUCUUUGUUUAUCUCCACUAUUUGAAUAUGGAACAUCAUAAAAACGAAAAGAAAAUGAAACGCCUUCCGUUGAGGUGAAUCAAGAGAUCCAAAAUCAAAUAUGAGUUUAAGAUUCGAGCUCAAGGAUUUAGAAGAGUUGACGUCAAAUGUGAAGCAAGUACAAGACGAUUUGUUGGAGGAGAUACUUCAAAUUAAUGCGAACACAGAAUAUCUCUGUCAAUUUCUCCAUAGAAGUUCUAGUAAAGAGCUUUUCAAGAAAAAUGUACCAGUGGUGAGCUACGAUGAUGUGAGACCUUAUAUCGAACGUGUUGCGAAUGGAGAGCCUUCAAAUAUCUUUACGGGAGAAACCAUUACUAAUUUCUUUCUAAGCUCUGGAACUUCUGGAGGGAAACAAAAGAUCUUUCCUGUGAACAACAAGUACUUCGAGAAUAUGAUAUUCAUCCACGCUUUAUGCUCGUCCACUAUAUCCAAGUACAUCGAUGGCAUUGGGGAAGGAAAAGUGAUGGCGUUUCUCAAUACUAGACCGUUUAGUAAAACUCCCUCUGGUUUGCCUGUUGCUCCUCUAUCUACAAGCUUUGCUAUGAGUGAUUAUUUCAAGAACCGGCCAUCAAAGUGUUACAUUAGUCCCGACGAAGUCAUAUUGUGUGUGGACAACAGACAGAACAUGUACUGAAAAUUAUUGUUUUACAUUAGUCCCGACGAAGUCAAGGUAUUGGAUUCUGUAAUUAAGUUUAGUUUUGAAAAUUAUUGUUUUUGUGGAUUUGACUUUGAUAAUACUACAAAAGCAUCUAAAUUGUGCACUUAUGAGUACAAAUUUUGGUCUAAAACUCGACCUAACUACAACAAGCUCCAGUGCAUGAGUCCGCACACAACGGAGGGAGCAAAUAGUCUGGAUGAAAUGGUGGGAUAGACUACGUAGCACUACAUGCAACUAGAAAUUGUAUCACGCGUUGCAUAGUUUUAAU